AGGACACCCCGCCCCUUCCCCUCCCCGCCCCUGCCCGUCGAACGGUGUCACUCCGAGUCUUUGACUCUGCCACUCGCCGUUUGAGAUCCGUGGAGCGAGCGUCUUUUCUUCCCAUUUCUACUCAGAGUUUCACCUUUAAGCGGGUUCCUAAUUAAAAGAACAAUGGUUUGGCCAACUGUCAAUGACAAUACAAAUGAGGCUAACCCUAUUGGGUGUAAGAUCAGGAUGGCUCAAGAACAAUCAACCACUCAAUUGAACCACAUGUGUGCUUUGGACAUUGAUGCCAAAGCAUCAUACACUCGCUUAUCAGGCAUAGUGUGUACCAUUGGACCCGCUUCCAAGGACCCUGCUAUGCUCGAGCGUAUGAUUGAUAAUGGCAUGAAUGUAGCAAGGUUAAACUUCUCCCAUGGCUCUUAUGAAUACCACGGAGAGACCAUUGCCAAUGUCCGCAAAGCUGUGGAGAGCUACAGCAAGAAGCUGGGCAUUAUUCAUCCCCUUGCCAUUGCUCUGGACACCAAGGGACCUGAAAUCCGUACUGGUCUUCUGGAAGGUGGUGGAUCAGCCGAGAUUGAAUUGAAGAAGGGCAAUCCCAUCAGGUUGACCACUGACAAGUCUGCCGAGAACUCUGGUAAUGAGAAACAGAUCUACGUUGACUAUGUAAACAUCACCAAGGUGGUGAAGGAGGGUAACAGAGUAUUUGUGGAUGAUGGACUUAUUUCCCUCAUUGCUCGCAAAGUUGGUGACAACUACAUUGACUGUGAGAUUGAGAACGGUGGCAUGCUUGGAUCUCGUAAGGGAUGCAAUCUUCCUGGUGUUCCCGUUGAUCUUCCAGCUGUUUCUGAGAAGGACAAGGCCGACUUGCAGUUCGGUGUUCAGCAGGGAGUUGACAUGAUUUUUGCUUCAUUCAUCCGUAAUGCUGCUGCCAUCAAAGAAAUUAGGGGAAUCUUGGGUGAUGCUGGCAAGAAGAUCAUGAUCAUUGCCAAGAUUGAGAACCACCAGGGUAUGGCCAACCUGGAUGAGAUCAUUGCCGCUUCUGAUGGUAUCAUGGUUGCCCGUGGUGAUCUUGGUAUUGAAAUUCCUCCUGAAAAAGUAUUCCUUGCACAGAAGGCUAUGAUCUCUCGCUGCAACAAGGUCGGCAAGCCUGUCAUCUGCGCCACUCAGAUGCUGGAGUCCAUGGUGAAGAAACCCCGCCCCACUCGUGCAGAGAUCUCUGAUGUAGCAAAUGCCAUCCUGGAUGGUGCUGACUGCGUCAUGCUGUCUGGAGAGACAGCCAAGGGAGAGUACCCCAUUGAAUGUGUUCAGACAAUGGCCAACAUUUGCAAGGAAGCUGAAGCUGCAAUCUGGCAGAAGCAGCUGUUCAGUGACCUGAGCUGCCUGGCUUCUCCACCAAUUGAUGCCACUCACACCGUUGCUAUUGCUGCUGUUGAAGCUUCACAGAAGUGCCUCGCCUCCGCCAUUAUUGUUAUUACUACUUCAGGCCGAUCUGCUCAUCUCAUUUCAAAGUACCGCCCCAAGUGCCCCAUCAUUGCUGUUACCCGAUACGAACAGGUUGCCCGCCAAUGUCAUGUCUACCGCGCUAUCCUGCCCCUGUGCUACAAGGAACCUGCUCUGUCUGACUGGCUGAAGGAUGUUGAUGCUCGUGUUCAGUUUGGUAUUCAGUUUGGUCAGAAGAAGGCCUUCAUCAAGAAGGGUGACCCUGUGGUGAUUGUUACUGGCUGGAAGCAGGGCUCUGGCUUCACCAACACCAUGCGCAUUGUAAAUGCUGAAUAACUCAUCCACAGACACAAAGCCUAGAUUAAUUUCCCUCUAGGAGUUAAGUGCCAGCUACAACAAAGAAAAUUCAAAUGCUUCAUUUCCAGGUGGCAGAAAGAGCAAGAGAUAAUUUUCAACAAUGCCAUUAUGUUAUUAGAUUUCAAUUUCCUAGAAAGAAAUUUAAAUUCUGAACCAUGUUAUUCCGAGUCAGUUUACUCAGGCUCUAGUCAGAUGAAAGGAGUAAAUUUAUUCCAUUGUUAUUUUAGGAAGCUUCUUUUGGGUUGACCUGGUGGUUGACAUGUUGAUUAUUCAAAUUAUAUGCAAGAUGUGAAAUAUUAUUGAUUUUAGAUAUACCUGUAUUAGCUACAAAAUCGUACCCUGUCUUGUCGUUAAUUACGUUCAGUAGAAACGUAUGUAAGGGACACAGAUUUUGAAAUAUUCAUUGAACAUUGUGCAAAAGUGCGAUUGUCAAGAACAUGUUUCAACCUCUAGUCAUGUCUUUAAAAAGGAGAAAGAAAAUCAGAUACCUGAAUAAAGACACACUUUUCUUAA